CAUCAUUUCUUUAAUUGUGCACGAAAAACCAUAUUAGAAUAAUUUUCAGAGACAUAAGAAUUGAUAUAAAAAUGGGACACAAAAAGAAAAAGUAUCAUAAAAACGAUGAUAAUAAUCUAAUAAGAUCAUUGAAAUGUAUCAAAAAAAAUCUGAGUGAUCAAGAAGAACAAAUUAACGUCUUAAAGCAAAAAGUAGAAAGUACUCGUCAACGGAGUCAUCAGAUAGUGACAAGUCGUUAGAUGAAAAAUUGCACAUAAAAGGAUACUUUAAUUUUAUUCUGAGCAAAUGUUAAAAAAUUUACCCAAUCCCAGUCAAAAAAUAGCUAAAAAGACAGUGGGAAAGUCAGCUGGCUUACAAUGGUCAACGAACGAUUAAACACCAGCAGUAACUGCAGACUCUCAAAUUAAAGAUUAGCAGGUAACUGCAAAUGGAGCUGAAAAUUCAAGUGACAAAAAACUUCGGAGAAAACAGAUCAAGGAACGGUGCCAAAUAAAUCAGAAGCAUUUGGAAAACAUUUGGAUGGUGACAAGGAAAGAACAUUAGCAUUUCAAAGUGAUUUAUGCUUACGUUGGAAAGACGUUCUUAAAGAAGUACUUCGAAUAGAGGAACGCGAAUGAUUUUUUAGAAAGUAUCCAACUUUCGAAAAUUGUUUAACGUUAGAACUUCAAAAAAUGAAUGCUUAAAUAAAAGCGUCACUUUUAGAGCUAAUCAUAAAUAAAGAUAAAAGACUUGUAAAAAAACAGCAAAAGGUCUGCGCUUGCUUAUCUGCCUUGGGAUUAUCGCAGAUUUUUAACUUAAUCGCAGAUUUUUUCUAAAAGGAAAUAUUUCCGAGUUUUUUUCUGGAAAUAUUUACAGAUGCGUCGCUAAUGAGAUGGGCAGCCCAUUGUGAUGGACAAAGCACAAAUGGUUUUUGGAAUAAAGUCGAUAAGGAGUCUCCAAUUGAUCAUCUUGAAUUAUUUGGAUCUUUCUUCAAUUUAAAAUGUUUUGCAAAUAAUAGACGAAACUGAGAUAUUCUCUUACGGAUUGAUAAUACAACACCGAUUGGCUGUAUUAAUCCUAUGGGAGGUAAUCAAUUUAAAAGACUAAGCAAUAGACCAAAGUAAUCUGGAAAUAAUGUGGGGCAAGAAAUAUCUGGAUAUUAUACUCGUAUGUUCAAUUUAAAGAAAAUAAGAUUGCAGAUCUUGUAUCUAAGAGACUAAAGCCAGAGACCAAAUACGAGUUAAGUCAGGAAGCAUUUAGUAAAAUAUGUAGUAAAUUUGCUAAUCCGGAAAUAGACUUGUUCGAGUAAACACAUAGUGCAAUAAAUAUAUUUCGUGGAAGAAAGAUCUGGAUGCGAUGACAGCUGUCGUAUUCACUGUCAACUGGAGCUUAUGGUUUUUGCUUUUUGUCCUCAUCUCAAAAAUCUUGAGAAAAAUCUUAAGUUUGAAUGAUAGAGGGGCAAUCUUAGUUGGCCUUUUUAAAUUUGAUACACUCGUUAUAUAAAUAUGUUUAAAUCAGAACCAACUAUCUUUAAACCUAAUAAACAAUUAUUAUACCCUUCCAACGGGGGGAACUUUUAUACUCUUUGAUGGACAGCUUUCUGUGAUGGCAGGAAUCUUAUCCGACAAGCGUACAGAAUAAGAGAAAUGCCAUCAGAGGCAUUAAAAGUAGCAAUUCAUUGUUAAGCGAACCAUCAAUAGAUCAGUAUGAAGGAACACUCAUGAGGUGGUGGAGAUUUUAUUGUUUAAUGCAGACAGAUCCAUUUAUAGCAGAAAUUUCAAAAAUACACGUUUAGUUCAAUUGUGGCCCUGGUUUUGGGACCAGAUAUUGAUUAAAAUGCCACUAUCAAACGAUUUUGUAAAGACGCCUCCAAACUGAGGCUGGUACAACAGAAAUACGACAUAACGUGGGGUCCAGAAACAGUAUUGAAUUGUCUGAAAAAAUGAGAAAUUAUCAUUGGAAAAAUUAUCAUUAAAGACAACCUGGCAUUAACAACGGAUCACAGAAUUCAGGCUGUUUUCAAUUGAUAUUAGGGAUAUAAACAAGCUAGAAAAUCAACUGGAAAUAAUAAUUUCAACUCGACAAAAAAUGUCCAAACACAAUAAAAAAACAAUCGUCCUUAGUACUACCGAUUUUCAAAAAUCUGCUUAUAUGCAUAUUUCAUGUCAUAGAAUAAUAUUUGACUUGUACAAGAGCAUUAAAAGGGGAAAGAAAUAAAUUAUUCAUAUCUUGGAAAAAACUGCAUAAAGCAGUGAUUUCUCAUAUGUUAAGUCGACAGAUAAAAUCGAUGUUAAAGGGCAACAGAAGAGAUAUAAAUAUAUUUAUAGGUGAAUACAUAUGUAGAAAUCAAUUGAAAAAAAUAAGUAACAAAUAUGGAUAACGAUUUCGAAGAGCGGCUUGUCGCAAAUGGAUUUAACCGGAACAGAGAGAUCUAAUAAGACUUAAACGUUGCUGAAUGUCCUUUUUUCCGAGAGAUUACGACAUUAUGUUCUUUAUUAUUUCAUUGGGUUCAAUUUUCAUUUUAUUUCUACUGCAUUGCUCCAUAAGAUAUGGAAGAAUGGGAAGAAUACUUAAUAAUAUUCCAGGACCAAAUGAAUAUCCCAUAAUAGGAAAUAUACAUCAUCUUCACGUUGACAAUGAACAUCUCCUCCAAAGAAUUUGGGAUAUGAGUGCAAAAUUUUAUCCAAUUUUCAAAAUUUGGUGCUUUUAUUUUUGGGUAGUAGUUUUACUUCAUCCGGAUGAUAUUGAGGUACUUAUGAGAAGCACUAAAAAUAUUGAAAAAGGAAUAGCUUACCAUUUCUUGAGACCUUGGCUGUCUACCGGAUUGCUAACCAGUGGAGGUGAGAAAUGGCAAACACGUCGAAAGAUAUUGACACCAGCCUUUCACUUUAAUAUCCUGAAACACUUCGUUGUCACUUUAAACAAUGAAGCACGGUAUCUUAUAACAUCUUUAAAAGAGGAAGAAAAAGGAGGUUCUGUAGUUAAAGAUUUACAAGAAUUUAUCAGUCAACAUACACUUAACAUAAUAUGUGAAGCAGCUCUUGGUACUUCUUUGAAGCAGAGGGGCGACUUAGAGUCUAAUUAUCGUGAUGCGGUUCACAGUUUCGGCGAUAUCAUGGCUUCUAGAUUUGUAAGACCUUGGGUCUAUCUCGAUAUUAUAUUUGAAUUUUCUUCAUCUGGUCGAUUACAAAGGAAACUAUUGAAAACGUUACACAGUUUUUCGAAAAAAAUAAUUUCCGAAAGGAUACAAUUUCACGAAGAAACUAAUGGAAAAUAUUUGCAUAAUUAUGAAGAAAUGGAUGAGAAUGAAAUCUCUUGUGAAGAACGCGUGGAAAAUAAUAAAAAUCCGAUGUUCAAAAAGAAACUUGCUCUGCUUGAUCUGCUUAUAGCCGCUUGUGUGAAAGGAAAUAUGAUCGAUGUGGAAGGCAUCCAAGAAGAAGUCGACACUUUCAUGUUUGAGGGUCACGAUACUACUGCAGUGGCGUUGUGCUUUGCAUUGAGUCUGUUUGCAAAACACAAAGAUGUCCAGAAACGUAUAAGAGACGAGGUUAACACGGUUAUGCAAGAAAACUAUAAUUUGACGAUUCCAAUGCUUCAAGAAUUUUCGUAUUUAGAGAGAUGUUUGAAAGAGUCACUUCGUUUAUAUCCAAGCGUUCAUCUUAUACUUCGUUAUUUGACGGAGGAUAUGCAACUAAAAAAUUAUUUAAUCCCGGCUGGCACGAUGUGUCACUUAAACAUCUAUAGCAUCCACAGAAAUCCAGAAUAUUGGCCAAAUCCCGAAGUUUUUGAUCCCGAUAGAUUCUUGCCAGAAAAUUUAAAAAACCGUCAUCCUUAUUCCUAUAUCCCAUUUAGUGCUGGACCAAGAAACUGUAUCGGUCAAAGAUUUGCAAUGCUCGAGCUAAAAGUAAUAGUAGCUUAUAUAUUGCAUAACUUUCAUUUGGAACCGGUGGGUGAUCUUGAUGAUGUAAAAUUGAUGGCAAAUAUUACGCUGCAUUCGUCUAAGCCACUUCAUAUUAAAUUUAUCCCAAUAAAAUAGUCUUAUCUUUUCA